GGCGCGUGGUGGAUGCCGUGGUGCUGCCCAGGACGGACUACACGAAGGAUCCUCAGCUGCUGCUGCUGCUGGAGGAUACCAGCUCCUCCGACUCCUGGAUCCUCAGGAUCGUUACCCUGCCUGGCCUUGAGAGCGAGUACGAGCUGCGGGUGGGGGGCGGCAGCGCCCUGGUGCCCCUGGCGGGGGGCGUCGAGGCGAUGGUCUUCCUCGAGCCCGACACUGACGCCCGCGCCAUCAAGAUAAAGACCAUCAUAGACGGCGUCCCUGAGGCUAGGCUGCGUAAGCUCAUCAGUAAGCAGAAGUUCGACGAGGCCCUAAAGUUCGCCCGCCUCUUCAAGCUGGACGCGUCGCUGGUCGCUAAGGGCAAAGCCUUCUACCUGCUGCAGCAGCUCAAGCCCUACCGCCUCCCCAGCGCCAACUCCACCGCUUUUAUGGACACCUCAUAUGACAGUGUGCUGGACGAGCUGCUGGGUGUGCUGGACGGUAUCCAGGACGUGGGGUUCGUGGGGCGGGCGUGUGUGGGGGCGAUGUUGCCCACCGUCGCCCUCACUGACGCCCUCCUGGCCUACGCCGCCCGCCGCCUCGCCAACCCUGCUGCUCAGGAGGAGGCCGCCCUGAGAGAGCAGGUAGGGCGCCUGCAGCAGCGUAUGGGGACGUUCCUGCAGCUGCAGCCUGCAGACGCAGACGUGGCCGUGUGGGCAGCCUUCUCUGCAGCGGACCCUCUGCAGCUCUGCACCGAGCACCUCGCAGCUGGCGAGCUGUCCAUGUGGGGCUGCAUAUGGCGGCGCCACCAGCACGAGUUAGCAAUAAACACGACGCUGUUCCUCAGGGCGAGCUGUCCAUGUGGGGCUGCAUAUGGCGGCGCCACCAGCACGAGUUAG